GGGGUCGGGCCGGGCUGAGCGCAGCGCGGGGCGCGGAGCAGCCGCCGCCGCCCCCGGGAUGGCCCAACCGCGCCGCCGCCCCCGACGCAUCAGCAAUCCCUGCCAAGUUGGGCCAUUUGAAGGGGGACCGCAGCAGGCAGCUUGCAGGCUCUGAGAAGCAGUGACAAGUCUCUCCGGGUCAGCGUCCCUGAGUCGCUGGGUUCUCCUGCCCCACGGAUUUGGCUGUUCCUUCUGGACAAACCGGAGUCUUGCUGUCAUGGGGAUGCACUGAACCCUCACCCCAGGAGCUUCAGGCCUGGAUGUUGGUGCUGCUCCUCCCGGACGAUGUGGCUGAUACUCUGGAGAAGCCCUCUCUUGCCCCCUGUUCUCCAAGUGCCUGAGCUGGUGGCCGGCUGGGACCUGCGUCUCGCCCUCUGGGUCCUGAGCUUCGCCUCGGUGGUUGUGCGCAUGGAGGGCCAGGUCUACUCUCCCACUGUCAACACUCACUAUGGGAAGCUACGGGGGGUGCGUGUGCCACUACCCAGUGAGAUUUUGGGACCCGUGGAUCAGUACCUGGGGGUGCCUUACGCCGCCCCCCCAGUUGGGGAGAAGCGGUUCAUGCCUCCAGAGCCACCUCCCUCCUGGUCAGGCAUCAGGAACGCUACCCACUUCUCGCCAGUCUGCCCCCAGAACAUCCACAACGCCGUCCCUGAGAUCAUGCUGCCCAUCUGGUUUACCUCCAACUUGGAUAUUGUGGCCACCUACAUCCAGGACCCCAACGAGGACUGUCUGUACCUCAACAUCUACAUCCCCACGGAGGAUGACAUCCGGGACAGCGGGGCCAAGCCAGUGAUGGUGUACAUCCACGGCGGCUCAUACAUGGAGGGCACAGGGAACAUGAUCGACGGCAGCGUCCUGGCCAGCUAUGGGAACGUGAUUGUCAUCACACUCAACUACCGCGUCGGAGUGCUCGGGUUCCUGAGCACAGGGGACCAGGCUGCCAAGGGCAACUAUGGGCUGCUGGACCAGAUCCAGGCUCUGCGUUGGGUCAGUGAGAACAUUGCCUUCUUCGGCGGCGAUCCUUUGCGCAUCACCGUCUUCGGUUCCGGCAUCGGCGCCUCCUGCGUCAGCCUGCUCACCCUCUCCCACCACUCAGAAGGUCUCUUCCAGAGAGCCAUCAUCCAGAGUGGCUCCGCGCUCUCCAGCUGGGCGGUGAACUACCAGCCCGUCAAAUACACCAGCAUGCUGGCAGACAAGGUAGGCUGCAACGUGCUGGACACGGUGGACAUGGUGGACUGCCUGCGGCAGAAGAGUGCCAAGGAGUUGGUGGAACAAGACAUCCAGCCGGCCCGCUACCACGUGGCCUUUGGGCCGGUCAUUGAUGGGGACGUGAUCCCAGAUGACCCAGAGAUCCUGAUGGAGCAGGGCGAGUUCCUCAAUUACGACAUCAUGCUGGGUGUCAACCAAGGCGAGGGGCUGAAGUUCGUGGAGGGCGUGGUGGACCCCGAGGAUGGCGUUUCGGGCAGCGACUUUGACUACUCGGUCUCCAACUUUGUAGACAAUCUGUAUGGCUACCCCGAGGGCAAGGACACCCUGCGAGAAACCAUCAAGUUCAUGUACACAGACUGGGCCGAUAGGGACAACCCCGAGACGCGCCGCAAGACCCUGGUGGCCCUCUUCACCGACCACCAAUGGGUGGAGCCAUCGGUGGUGACAGCUGACCUGCACGCCCGCUACGGCUCCCCAACCUACUUCUACGCCUUCUACCACCACUGCCAGAGCCUGAUGAAGCCCGCGUGGUCCGACGCAGCCCACGGGGAUGAGGUGCCUUACGUGUUUGGGAUCCCCAUGAUCGGCCCCACAGACCUCUUUCCCUGCAACUUCUCUAAGAACGAUGUUAUGCUCAGUGCUGUGGUGAUGACCUACUGGACCAACUUUGCCAAGACAGGGGACCCCAACAAACCCGUCCCCCAGGACACCAAGUUCAUCCACACCAAGGCCAACAGGUUUGAGGAGGUGGCCUGGUCCAAGUACAACCCCCGCGACCAGCUGUACCUGCACAUCGGGCUGAAGCCGCGGGUGCGCGACCACUACCGAGCCACCAAGGUGGCUUUCUGGAAGCACCUGGUCCCCCACCUGUACAACCUGCACGACAUGUUCCACUACACCUCCACAACCACCAAAGUGCCACCGCCCGACACCACGCAGAACUCCCACAUCACCCGCCGGCCCAACGGCAAGAUCUGGACCACCAAGCGCCCCGCCAUCUCACCCGCCUACAACAGCGAGAACGGGAAGGAGAAGUGGAGCCCGGAGCAGGAGGCGGGCACCCUGCUCGAGAGCCCCCGCGACUACUCCACCGAGCUGAGCGUCACCAUCGCCGUGGGCGCCUCGCUCCUCUUCCUCAACGUCUUGGCCUUCGCCGCCCUCUACUACCGCAAGGACAAGCGGCGGCAGGACACGCACCGGCAGCCCAGCCCGCAGCGCGGCGCCGCCAACGACAUCGUCCACGCGCCCGACGAGGAGAUGCCAUCCCUGCAGGCCGGCCAGGCGCACCACGAGUGCGAGGCCGUGCCGCCCCACGACACCCUGCGCCUCGCCGCCCUGCCCGACUACACGCUGACGCUGCGCCGCUCCCCGGAUGACAUCCCGCUCAUGACACCCAACACCAUCACCAUGAUCCCCAACUCGCUGGUGGGGCUGCAGACCCUGCACCCCUACAACACCUUCGCCGCCGGUUUCAACAGCACGGGGCUCCCGCACUCACACUCCACCACCAGGGUAUAGCUGCCCGCGGCCGGCGCACACCCACGCACGCACGCACACGCACUCGGCAGACACUGGCAGAGGGACUGGCGGGAGCCCCCCGGGAUGGACAGACAGACGGACAGGUGGCGCACACGGACGGUGUGACACCAAGCCCAAACCUGCGGGCACUGCGCACCGCCGGCCGCCCUGCUUCCCUCGGCGCUUUCUUUCAUUCCUUUCUAACUUUGAGAAGUGCUUCAACUCUCCGGCUCCCGGCAGGAGGGCCCCACUGGUGCACCGGGGCUGUGCCCCCCGAAUGGGGACACGGCAUCACCCGCGCCCACCGACCACCCCGAGACGGGCGAGCAGCGGUGCCGGGUAUCCCUUUUGGAGGAGGUUUGGCAUCCAGAGCGCCGUGGAUAAGGCUCCGUCACUGUGCCAUGGUGCUAAGGGCAGAGGCAGCAGGCAGGGACCCGGCCUCGCGCUGGGUGCGGGCGCUGGGAGCCGGGGAGCCGCCCCGCGAUGGAGACGUGGCACCUCUGCCCCCUCUUUGCGCUGCAGAGAAUCUCUUUUGUGUCAGUCGUUUCUCUUUGCAGAGACGUUUUUUAAAGCAGAUCUUUAGUUCUUUACACACUAACGGAGUCGCCGCGUUUUGUCCUUUGUAAAGAUUUUAAACCAAGUGUUCUUGAUAUAAAAUAAAAAGCCAGUUAGAAGAACCCCAGCGUGUGUGCGCGGUGCCGGCCCUGACGCAGCCCCACGGCCCCAGUACCCGUGCACGGGGCCAGCGGGCACCAGGCACCAGGCAGGGCCCUGCCUGCCGCGCUGCGAGGCCGCGCUCUUUUGUAUUUUUGAUAUUCUCCCUCCUCUGUCACCCGUGCCCACUGAUCUCAGCCAAAAAGCCCACUCCAGGGCCCGGCCACAGGAGCCCCACAGCCCCUCAGCCCCAUCCCAGCCCCUAGUCCAGCAGGGUCACCCAAUGGGGUUGGAUGCGCGCUGCCAAAGCGCAGCCACCCACAGCCACCCUGCCCUGCUCCCCACCUCGCCACCACCCCACGCCAGGGUGUGCACUGGAGACAGGGCACCUGCCCCAGGGCUGGGGCACCCGCAGAGCCGGAGAUGGCCGCAGGUAGUGGGGAGCUUAGGGCUGGAUGUGGGGAAGGAGCGACCCAGGAGCAGUGAGGGCAGGGGUUGGCUUGGCCCCCAGUGUGGUCAUCCUGAGCACAGGAGGGGACGGGUCCUGUGUCCCCACAGGGAUGCCACCCUCAGCCCCGGUCCGGCUGGCAGACGCUGCCCGCACUGGCAGCCGUGACGCAUUGGUGCCGGCUGACCCCACACAGCCCCACACGGCCCCACACAGCCUUGGUUUGGGGUGAGGGUGCUGGUUGGAGAAUGUAUUUAUACCCUGUCACCCGCUCAGAGUAACAAAUUCCAAAUAAAA